UUGUAUCUGCAUUAGGAUCUCAACAUCUAACUGUAGUUCUUGAAGCACUUUCUCAUAAUCUUGCAACCACCAUUUCUCACUUAUCUCCCUAUCAUUUUUGUACAUUAUGUGCUCUUUUUUCAUAUCUUUCUCAUAUUGAUAGUAAGAGUGAUAUGAACAAAGAUGUAAUAGUGAAGAAACAGAAAUUAAAAAUAAAAAAUGAGAAUAAGAAAGUUAGAGAAAAGCAAGCCACAA